AUGUCAGGCAACAGAAACUACGACUUUCUAAUCAAGCUACUCCUAAUCGGCGACUCGGGCGUUGGCAAAUCAUGCUGCCUACUGCGAUUCAGUGAAGACUCCUUCACGCCGUCCUUCAUCACCACCAUCGGCAUCGAUUUCAAGAUCCGCACGAUUGAGCUGGAUGGCAAGCGUGUGAAGCUGCAGAUCUGGGACACGGCUGGGCAGGAGCGAUUCCGAACUAUCACGACGGCUUAUUAUCGCGGCGCGAUGGGCAUCCUCUUGGUAUACGAUGUCACAGAUCAAAGGUCUUUCGAAAACAUCCGCACAUGGUUCGCAAACGUAGAGCAACAUGCCACCGAGGGCGUCAACAAGAUCUUGAUCGGCAACAAGUGCGACUGGGAAGAGAAGCGUGUGGUCUCAACAGAACAGGGCGAGGCGCUAGCUCGGGAACUGAACAUCCCGUUCCUCGAAGUCUCCGCAAAGAGCAACAUCAACAUCGACAAGGCCUUCUAUAACCUGGCGGCUGACAUCAAGAAGCGUAUCAUCGACACUUCCAAGAAUGAGCCUGCGGCAUCGUCCGGCGUCAAUGUCUCGCAAGGAGAAGGCAGUGGCGGUCUUGGGAAGUGCUGUUAA